UACUGAUUUACUGAUCAUGAUUAUUCAAUUGCGGACACUGUAAACUAGAUGGAAUGAAUACAGGAUUAAAUCAUGGCUGAAAAUGAGGAAGUUAAAGAUCCGAUAUCACAGGAAGAUUUGGUUGCAGCCGAAGAAUUCAAAAAUGAAGCAAAUGAAUAUUUUAAGAAACAAAAUUAUAUUAUUGCUAUCGAGUUCUACUCGAAAGCGAUAGAAAAGAACCCUAAUAAUGCGGUUUACUAUGCGAAUAGGAGUAUAUCUAACUUAAGGUUGGAAAACUUUGGUUAUGCUCUAAGUGAUGCAACAAAAGCUAUAGAAAUAGAUAGGUCUUAUACAAAGGCCUACUAUAGAAGGGCUGCUGCAUAUAUGUCUUUAUCAAAGUACAAAUUAGCCCUUAAGGAUUUUGAAUAUGUAACCAAAGUUAGGCCAAAUGACCAAGAUGCCAAGAUGAAAUAUAAUGAAUGUGCUAAGAUUGUCAAGAAAAUUGCAUUUGAAAAGGCAAUAGCUGUUGAUAAAGUAGUAGUUAAUGUAGCUGAUUCUAUUAAUUUGGAUGCUAUGACUAUUGAAGAUGAAUAUGAUGGGCCAUGUUUGGAGAAUGGUAUUGUAACUUUAAGGUUUGUCACAGAACUUAUGGAACAUUUCAAGGAUCAGAAAAAACUUCACAGAAAAUUUGCAUACAAGAUCCUAAUUGAUGCUAAAGCAUAUCUACAAACGCUGCCGUCAAUGGUAGACAUAAAAGUGCCUUACGAUGAAAAGUUCACUGUGUGUGGUGAUAUACAUGGGCAGUACUACGAUUUAUUAAACGUUUUCAAGUUGAAUGGAUUGCCCUCUGAGAGCAAUCCAUACUUGUUUAAUGGAGACUUUGUGGACCGUGGAUCAUUUAGUGUCGAAUGUAUAUUCACAUUGUUAAGUUUCAAGCUUUUGUAUCCGGAUCAUUUCUUUAUGUCUAGAGGUAAUCACGAAACAAUGGUCAUGAAUAGGGUAUAUGGUUUCCGAGGGGAAGUGACUGCGAAAUACUCAUCACAAAUGGCUGAUCUCUUCACGGAAGUGUAUCACUGGUUGCCGCUAGCCCAUUGUAUUAACAGCCGUGUACUGGUGAUGCACGGUGGAUUAUUCACGCGUGAUGACGUAACUCUUGAUGAUAUAAGAAAUAUUGAGAGGAACAGGGAACCACCUGAGGAGGGCAUAAUGUGUGAUCUGCUUUGGUCUGACCCGCAACCGAUGAUGGGUCGCUCGCAGUCCAAGCGAGGAGUUGGCUGUCAGUUCGGCCCUGACAUCACUGCCGACUUCCUCGAGAAGAACAAUUUGGACUAUAUCAUUCGCAGCCACGAGGUCAAGAACCAGGGCUAUGAGAUAGCACACAACGGAAAAUGCAUCACCGUGUUCUCCGCACCCAAUUACUGUGAUGCCAUGGGUAACCUUGGGGCAUUUAUUACAAUGAAUGGUAAGGACCUCAAACCAAACUUCACAACAUAUGAAGCUGUGCCUCAUCCGAAUGUCAAGGCAAUGGCGUACGCACACUCUAUGCUCAGCAUGUUCUGUUAAGUACUUAGUGUAUACCUAUAGUUAGACAUAUCCACUCGACGAGUAAUUCACAAAAGCUUUUUUUUGUAUUUUACGAUCCUUGCUGAGCAAUCUUGAGUGCCCCGUUAUUGGCAUGUCAAGUUUAAGUCUCCCUCUAGGUAGCAUAAAAUGAUUGAAUUUGGAAACAGUGAUUGACUAUAAAUAAAUUGUUAAGGUAAGAAAAAAAAAUAGUAAAGUGUGCAUUUAAACCAACAGGCUUAGCCAAGUUUUCUAUCUGUAAUCGUCAGUGCUUUAGUGAACUUAGAAAAUGUGUAAGACUUAUGUUAUUUGGUCAAACCGAACUGUAUAGCUACUAAAAACAAGAUAACAGUGAUAGAACUAUAUUAGCCAUGAUACGAUUGUAACUCGGGUAAGCCCUCAGGACUCUUACGGCCCUACCCAAUAUACUAUCUACAGAUAGAGAUAAAUUACUACCUUCUACUGUGAGUAAUCUGAAGCUGUCCGAAUAUACCCGAUAAGUCAUUCUUAUCGCCUUAUAUUGGGACGCGUGAAUUGCAAUUUUCAUACAAACUUCUAUCGCUGGUAAGCUAAAUGUCGUCCCAUUGACAGACAGCGCGUACGGAUAAGGUGAGUUACCGUCGAUAAGUUUAUUGGGACAGAAAAGUCAACGAUUGUUACGAUUUUUAUCUCAUAUCUCUUACUAGAGAUAGACUGAAUAUUGGGAACGGCCGUUAGAGUUGUUGCACUCUUUUUACGUUAGUUAAAUUUACAAUUUUAAAUACAUCGGAUAAUUUGAUUACACAAAUAUUGUCAAUGCUAUAAAUAUUUUAUUUACAACUGCGUAUCCUCUUAUCAACAAACGAUGGCCUGUUAAUAUGUUUAAAUUAACACAUAGGUGAUAACUUUUUAAUAGACCUAAGUAUUUAAGAGCACGAACAAUAAUGUAUCCACCCGAUGAUUUAUGGCAAUAUAUCUGCAAGCAGUGUCAAUUUUUUAUGUACAAAGUCUUAAAGUUGAUAAUAAUUUAUAUCGAUAAGUCAUCUAAUUUAUUAUAGCUAAAUGAAAUUAAUAAAUUUAAACAGGUCAAAUGCGAGUCAUAGAUAUAACACAUAACUUUUGCAUACUUUUGUGAAAUAAACAUUAUUGCGGCCAUUUUGAUGUCCGCCAUCUUGGAGUCGGCCAUCAUGGUUUCUUAUGGCAAUAGACACACGCUUUUGAAAUUUGAGCAAUCACCUUUUGGGGUUUACGGGAUACAGCCUGCACCAAAAUACAAAUGAAACGGUUAUUGAUACCGCAUCAAAGAAGCUUCCACGUUUGAAGUUUUGGUGAAUUGGAUCGCGUGCCGAAUACAUAAAAAUGGACAAUCGACAAUGUAAUUGACUGUUUUGAGGCUAGUGUAGGAGUGUUCAGGUGCUAGAAAUCUUAAAAUCAUUGCUGAUUUUCUUUACAAGAAUGAACUUGUCUGUCUUAGCCGACGCGAGCAAAUGUUUGACCCGAGUUACGUUCGUUUGCCGCAAACGGCUGCCGCGCGUUUUUUGUGUGCACCCUUAUAAGAAGGUUAUCCUGUUUGUUAUUCUUCUUUUAUUAGCCAGACUAGCUAUUACGUAACUCCAGGUCUAAAACCCUUUAUAAAAUCCCGUUAAGGAUUAGCUCCUCUAUUGAAAUUCCAGCACUCCGUCUCUUCUUUCUGGAACUAAUCGUCGCCAAUUUGAUCCCCUGUUUAUUUCAGUUUAUCGAGAGAUUUAGUUUAAUGAAACUUGACAUCUUAUGUCUCAAAGUGACAUAAGAUGUCAAUGGAUGAGCGGCACUGCAUUGUAAUGGGCAGGGCGUAUCAAUUACCAUCAGCUGAAAGUCCUGCUCGUCUCGAAACUUACUUUCAUAAAAUAAACUGUUAAACUAACGCCCCCUCUUCCGGUUUCUGUUUCUUUAUUGGUGAUAAUCUUGCAAAUCUUAUGAAAAGGAUAUUUUUCCUUGACUUGAGACUUAUUCAUUCCUUCAUCUGUCCUUUCUUGUUAUUCCUACCAUUUUCCUACCUUUGACUCUCUGUCCAUUUUUUUCUCUCUUUCCAUCGGUGUUGUUUCGUUAAUGACCAUGUGUACGUGACACAUGGGAGGAUGCAACUGUCAAAACCUCAGGUUAUUUAGGUCCUUCCUCAUGGAACAACUUUAUCAAAUCGUUGUACGUUCAAUCAUUCCUUCACCAUCUCGUCGAGUCGUAAUAAGGUCUAAAACAAUUGACGAAGAAAAUUUUAUUGAUUCAGCAUAAUUAGUUUCUGAGUCAACUGGGUACUUACUGCUUAGAUAAAAAAAGGCUUUCGGAAUCGCAACAUUACUUAGAAAUGUUUUUUACACUCUGCCAUACAACUUCUUUUAUUACCGACUUGCAAGCAAUGCAUUGAAAAUAUUAAUAAUAUACCUAUUUGAAAAGCAUUUUAACUAAAACAAAACGUAUAUAUAUUCCCCCCUUAUUCAUAAUGGUCCGCUAACUUUAAACAGCCGCUUAGGAGUGUUUUUUCUCAUUCUGACUUAGGUCAAUAGAAGAAGACAGAGUGAGAAUUAGCAAUGCUUUAAGUUAGAAGACUAUAAUGAAUAAGGGGGAUCAUGUAUAAAACAAACUUUUGUAAUAUUUAUUUAUUUUAUUAGACCAUUAGACAAAUAAAAGAAUCAUUGUCUUAACGGCAGAAUGAAGUGUUUUUUAAUGAUUUGUAAUGACAAUUGCGCCCACAUCAAUAUUUAAAAAAAAAUUACAAAUGUCAGUCAAUUUAUUAUUCUUAUUUUUAUUAUAAAUGUAUCGAGCGGUGGGAUUAGUAUAGAACUUGUCUUAUGGAAUUUGAAGUUAGUUAUUAAGAAAUGUUUAAGUUUACCAACAAAUUAUAUCAUACAAUUAAACUUCAAAUUCUGGUAAGUAAAGUUAUGUUCAAAAGGGACGCGCGCAUGAACUUCGUGCGGUGUUAAAAUACUGACACAUUCGAUACUUUUAGCAUUAGAAUACUCGGAUCACGGAGAGAAUUACUCUCCGCGGGGUCAGUUACUUUGGGGGCCAACUUUGAUCAAUAUAGAAAUAUUUAUUGACGAAAUUCUUUGUUAAUUAAUAAAUACUUAACCAUUUCAAAGUCCAGAGCCAUAUAUGUUACCUUAAUUUUUUUUUUAUGAUUACCACGGAAGAGGUCAGAAUUGCCCGUAACAAAUAUUCAAUGCGUCAAUAAAAUUUUCAGGUUCUAAAGGUAUCUGUGGGUGUCAAAGAAUUAUUAUAAAUGAUGUCGGUGACGACAUUCGUUUUAAUUUGGUGGGACGCGUUUGUUUGCAUUUCUAUACCUACUUGGUGGAGGUAUGAAAGUAGAAUCGCCCCGGCUACCCUUGUGAGUGAGAUCUUACGGACGCUCACUGUCGCAUAUUAUUUGUAAUGUCAAAGUCUGUGAAUAUUUCACACCUUUUCAUUAUAUUAUAAUCGACUUUACUGCGGUGCAUCACUAUGCCCGUAUAUAUUUCAACGCGGGCAGCGAGCCUUUGACAUUAGUAUACGAAUAGCGCAGUUGUAACUGUAGCGUCUGUUGGAAAACGAAGUUAUUUGUACAUUAAUUAACUGUUUAUAUUAAUUUCGAUGAUGUUAUGUUAGUUUUACUUGAUUAUUAAAGUCCUUUUCAAAUAA